AUGGCGUCAGAAUGGUUUAUCCCUGGAUCUGAAGGGACUACGGGCUGUCUAGUUGUAUGGCUGUGGGACUUGGCCUAUUCGAGCAGCGGAACUGAGACGUCUCCAGGUGUUCGACAGUCGUUGUCUCAGAACCAUAGCUCGUGUGAGUUGGUGUCGAAAGAGCGUUAUCGGUUGUGUAACGGGUACUUUUCACUGAAGAAUGUGUCCAGCACCAGAAGCUGCGUUGGUUGGGACAUGUGUUAUGUAUACCGAACCAUCGUUUGCCGAAGAGAGUGCUGUUUUCCAUGCCCAACUCAGAGAGGUGGCCAACCCUUGACUUGGCAGUGGAGUAUGAAGGAGAUCACGAAACGCUUGGGUGCUGUCGGUGCUACUCGCCUUCCAGGAUGGGGACCGCGUGAUCCUCACUGUGUCUGGUUGGAGACAUUACAAGAUAUGGCUGCCAACCGAUGUCAGUGGCGUUCUUGUUUCUAUCCAGAUUGCCUGAGUUUGGCAGAUAUGAUCAUUUCGCAACUGCUAUGUACUUCGAGUGCAUCUCUCAUUGUUCGAUGUAUGAAAGACGUAACGAAACUUUUGGGUGCAGUCGGUGAGACUCGCCUUCCAGGGUGGCGACCACAUGAUCCCCACUGGGCCUGGUUGGAGACGCUGCAAGAUAUGGCGGCUAAUCGAUAUCAGUAG